AUGGUCUCUUCCCUCAUUGACCCGGCCAUAAAAUGGUGGAGAGCUGAUGUCAUUCAUGCAACCUUCCUCCCAUUUGAAGUAGACACAAUUCUAAGGAUUCCUGUUAGCCGAAGUUUGCCUGAGGACAAGCUAAUUUGGAUGGGAAACACUCGGGGUGAGUUCACUGUGAAGAGUGCUUACCAUAUUGCCCACUGUAUGAUUGAAGGAAAAGAUGACGUUGGUAGCUUUAUGGGGGAUCCUCUCAAGCCCCUUUGGAAGAGAUUGUGGCACCUCAACCUUCCUGCAAAGAUUAAGAUCUUUGCUUGGAGGGCCUGCUUUAAUGGGCUGCCUUCAAGGGAAAAAUUGUCUGCCAGAGGCAUUAACACAGCCAAUGACUGCCCAAUCUGUACCAAGGAGCUGGAAUCCGUUCACCAUGUUUUGCUUCACUGUGAGUUUGCAAUCCAGGUUUGGAGUUUUUGGGCUGAUGGUGUGCAAUUGAUCCAAAGAAACAAUUGGACCUUUCUUGAUUCAACCAUGUACAUUCUUGCACACAAGCCCUCUCAUGUUUUAGAACCUUUCUUCACUGUUGCCUGGGCAAUUUGGCAUAAUAGAAACAAAACCAUCCAUGAAGGCAAAUGCUCUCACCCCUUAUAG